AUGCGCUUAAGCCUUUUCCUCGUGCUUGUUGUCGGUUUUGGUGCAGCCUGCCUCAAUUUUGCCGACGCUGAGAAACAAGUCACAAUCACACAGCUCGACGACGCUGUGGAUGAUGUUGCUACGAAAAUUAAAUCGAAUUCUGGCAAGCUCAGAGGUGGGACCAGUGCUGCAGCGAAAGGAGAUGCCAAGCUUAAAGAAGCCGCAACAAUUGCGACUUCUUCUAUAAAGAACUGGGACGAUGCGAUCGGCAAAAUGAAAUCCGGCGCGAAGCUGAAGCCAUUGGAAACAGCUUCGGGCAAAUGGAAAGGCGACUUCGACAAGCUGAAGGCGUCAGGCCAGCUCAAAGACCUUGAUGAGAAGCAGGCUGCGAAGCUCACGGAGGAUGUUGCACAGGAGGUCGUGAAGAACCCGUCCAAGGGGCGUAGAUUCAAGAAGGCUCUCGAAAUUGCGUUUGGAGUAGGUGUGACAUCGCUUAUUGCUGUAGGCCUCAACGUGAUGGCUUCGUAG